CGCCUUGCUGUUCUUGACGCGCGCGUUUCCAGCGUUUCGGUCGUGAGCUGAUCGACGACGAUGCCACCCAAGCAGGAGGACGGCCAAGGGCGGCCGGGAGGCAGCGCGUGCCUGUGGCUGGUGACGGCGCUGCUCCUCCUCUGCUUGCUCGCUGGCGGCGCGUGCCUCGCGGCCUACAUUGUGCUGCCGCCGCGCGAGGCGCCGGCCUGGCUCCCGGCGGUCGGCCUGGUGCUCGUCGCUCUCCCCUGGGCGUUCUGGAUCGCCACGUGCUCGUACCGGUGCGCCGUGGCGCGUGCCGCGGAGCGCAAGAUGGCUGCCGUGGCGCCCGCCGCCGGCAGCAUGUGCUCGCGCGCCGGCAAGCCGGGCUCAUGA